UGUCAAAUAUAAUAUUUUAGAAGUAAAUGAGACGCUGCUGAAUAAGGAUUAACAUUAUUUUUAAUGUCUGGUGGGAUUGUUUGACGUCACUACAGCAAGGGCUGUUUGCAGUGGCAUCGUUGGAGAAGUGUUCUAUCUGCGAGACAACAAAUAAAGGGACCUGGAUGCUAGGACGACUGCGUGGGAGACUUGCUGGGGGCCUCAGGCGCCCCGAACAUCGAAGAAAGCCCACGUCCUGUGUGACCAUAACUGGGGCACACUAGGUACCCCCUUACCUCCACCUUCACACGGAUGGCUUGACAUCUACUAGGUUGUGAUGUGGAUGGAGGCGAAAGGAGGGACAGAGCCUAGGUGUACUACCCUACGUCCAACUGCGCGACACCCAACAACUACUUUUUUCCCCUUAAAACCUGUGGGGUGGGCAGAAGUCAUGUGGCACUGACUGCCAGGGGUGUGCAGUGGAGGUUUUUUUCUGGUUUUUUUUUAAAUCUCAUUCAGAACUCUCUCCACGUUUCGGUUCCUACGGCGGAAGCGUGGUUGCCCUCCGUCUACCCUCCGUUUACCCUCCGAGCUUUGGAUAAGAAAAACCUCUGAAGACACGACUACAUCGAUCUGUUGCCUUUAAAAGAGGGACGGAGAGGGGUUGCAUCACGUUUUCUUCGAGCUCAACCGCCACCAAGUGCGCGUGGAAAUUUCUCGCCAUGUCAGCGCAGUCUGUCGUGAGUGGCUUGUCGGAGACUGGACAGCGGGAGUCGCCCGCGCUCGCCAGUCGGUAAGCAUCGCCAUCGUCUAUCAUUUCUCAUCGAUUUUGAGAGGAGAGGGGGAGAAAGCGUACUCCUCCAACGGUUGUGACUUAGCAGACGGCACUGGUGAGCACGGAUCUUGCUUACUCCAGCAGGGAAACGGAGAUUUUCACACUCUUUGACCAACAAACAACUCGAGAUGCCAUACAGUCGAUCGGCUUUGCACACGACCUGAAUUGUCGUCUGCUUCCUUAUAGCACUAAAAGACGGUUAAAUAAAUAACGACAAGAUUGGAAAAAAAAAACGUGUUUCGACUGCGGGAAGUAAUUUUGGUUUUUUUUAAGGAGUACACAGUGUGUUAUACGUUUGGAUUAUGGUUGAAAGUUCCCAGGAAGAUAGCGCUGAGGACUUGUGAUUGUGAUACUAGUCAACAAGGAAGCCAGUGACACAGGAAUGUUAGCUGCGUUCAGAGAUUUCAACAGCGCCUGUUAGCUUCCGCAAGCACAGGCUUAUGUGUGGCAGACCUGUGUCAUUGUGUAUGUUCUGCCUGCAGUACCUAAGAAACUGCUUGAUGUCCUCACAUGCGGGAUGUUUAGUGCUACGCCUGAGUGACCGUGCUUUUAGAGGAGGCGCGGAGAGUUGACGCGGGUACGUGAUGCUUCAGUGAGCAACAUAGUGAGAGCAGAUCACUUGUCAUCAUGCUGAUCAAAGAGUAUCGCAUCCCACUGCCCAUGAGUGUGGAAGAGUACCGGAUCGCCCAGCUGUACAUGAUCCAGAAAAAGAGUCGUGAAGAAAGUCAUGGCACAGAUAGUGGUGUUGAGAUCAUUCAGAAUAAACCCUACGUUAAUGGACCUGGAGGCAGUGGGCAAUAUACCUACAAGAUCUAUCACAUUGGCAGCCAUCUACCAGGAUGGUUCCGCUCCAUUCUUCCAAAGUCAGCUUUGCGAGUGGAGGAGGAGGCAUGGAACGCUUACCCCUACACCAAAACAGUUUACAGAUGCCCUUUUGUGGAGAAGUUUCUGCUUGAGAUUGAGACACGCUACCUCAGUGACUGCUGUGAAGCUGAAAAUGUCUUUGAGGUGAAAAAGUCGGAACUGCAACAGCGGCAAGUUGAUAUUAUAGACAUUGUCCGUGAUCCCAUUCCUUCUGGGGAUUACAAGAAGGAAGAAGAUCCCAAGUUAUUUCGCUCGGUCAAAACUGGUCGUGGCCCUCUGGAUGAAUCCUGGAGAGACAGUUACACUGGUUCAAACCGAAAAGGAAAAGCAGUAAUGUGUGCUUACAAACUGUGCCGGGUCGAGUUCAAGUACUGGGGCAUGCAGAACAAAAUAGAACGCUUUAUACAUGAUGUUGCGCUGCGAAGAACCAUGCUGCGUGCCCACCGCCAGGCUUGGUGCUGGCAAGACGAGUAUCAUGGACUCUCUAUUGAUGACAUUCGGCGUCUGGAACGUGAGACACAGCUUCAUUUAGCAGAAAAAAUGGCUGCUGCAAAAGAUCAAGAAGGGGAAGCUACUCCUUCUGCAACAACCCCUACAGACUUGGUAACCUCAUUUCCUGCUAAGAGGCCUUCAAAAGGUGAGGCUUCAGUCCAUUUUGUAGACCAGACACCCGGACCUCACGAGGGAAGUGCGGAUUCGCAGGAGAAGGACUCUGUUUACAACCGCAGCACAUCAAUAGACAGCAGCCGAAGUAGCACCAGUACUGUCGUAAAUGGUGGAAGAAAUACAAGGCAAAAUUUCAACAGACCAAGGACAUCUGGAGCCAGCAAAGAAGUAAACGAGUGGAGGCUGGAGAGUCUGGAGCAGCUACAGGAGUCCAGCUCAGACGAAGAAUACUUUGAUGCUCAAGAAGAUGUUGAAGGUGAGUGCGAAAAGAUGGAAGAACCCAGUUCACUGGAGCGAACGAGUUCUAUGGAGAUGGUGACCAGUGGCGAUGAGUUCUGUGAUGCCAUGUCACCAGUCUCCAGUACAGGAAGCGCAGAAGAUUCAUCCUUCGACCGCCGUGUGGAGAUUUUCCGACAAAUGUACAGUGUUGACCACUCGCUGCCCCCAACUGGUUCAGAUUCACUGCCAUCUUCAGCUGAUGUUUGCCCCACUAAAGUCCUGUUUCUUGUUCUUCAUGGAGGUAACAUUCUUGAGUCGACACAGGGCAGUGUCUCCAAACGAAGUGACUUUGGGAUGUUGAUGUCUACCUUCGAUACAGUCGUGCAGUCACACUAUCAUCUGGCAGCCAACCAUCUGGCUUUCCGCCUGGUCCCUUGCCCCCAUGUCUGCACCAACACCCUCAACAUUCUUUCCAGCUUGUCUCCGUUCAGCUAUGACAGUCGUGCUGUUGAAGACGGAAAUCUUGCUGGAAUGCAGGACUUUGUGCCUCUGGGAGCCAUUGCUUUGUUUGCCUCAUCCAGUGCCGAGUACCAGGAUCAUGUUAACACAACUAUUAGCCGUGCCAACUCAGUUUACCAUGAGUUUCUCAAUUCUCCUGAAGGAAGAGGUUUCACUGGGCAGGUUUGCAUCCUUGGAGACUCCACUGGUGCUAUGCUUUCUUAUGAUGCACUUACUCGAGCUCACUCGCCCUUUAUGCGUGGUGGAAGUCGCUUUGGCAGCCACGAAAGCAUUGACGGUGACUUCCAAGAUGAUGUCAUCAAGCCAGCAAGUCCCAAAAUCCCCACCUCUGUCUCAAAUGAACUAAAUCCAAGUGACCCUGAAGUCAAGCAGAAGGACCCACCUGGGCCUGUAGAGAUGCGUCUGAAGAAUGUGCCAAGUAAAGGUGAUCCCACACCUCAGAUGGUGGACCUCAGCCGAAGCAACUCGGGAAAGCAGUCAUCACAUCGAAACUCUGCUCGACUGAGUGCCAGCUGCAGUGAUCGGGGCCCAUCACGGCGUACUAGUUCUGGCAGCAAUUAUGAAAGUAAUUUUCCUCGUUUUGACUUCGAGGUGUCAGAUUUCUUCAUGUUUGGCUCACCACUUGGGCUGGUGCUGGCCUACAGAAGGCUGUUCACAGGGGAAGAUAGAAACUGUCCUCCCGUUCGCCCUGCCAGCCUUCAAGUAUACAAUCUCUUCCACUCCAAUGAUCCCUUGGCUGUGCGCGUGGAGCCAUUGUUGCAUGACAAUUUUAAAUACAUCCCACCUGUCAAGAUUUGUCGAUACAACAAAUUUCCUCUUGGAGAUGGCGAAUCUAUUCAUGUUGUGGAGACAGUGCAACAGAAUCUGAAGUCAUUUGCUGACAGCCAGCGCCCCUCUGUGUCACCAGGUGCUUCUCAACUACAACGCCAGUCCAGCACUUCUAGUGUGAACUCAACUUCAUCUGGUGUUGGAGAGAACACUGUGACAGCAAUCACAGGGGUCACAGAACGAUGGUGGGGUAAUAAACGAGUAGACUAUCUGCUCUACUGCCCAGAAGUUCUUCAUUCAUUCCCUGCAAGUGCUUUGGCACCACUUUUUCACUCCAGCUUCUGGGAGUCAACAGACACUGUUGCUUUUAUAUUGCGACAGGUGUUUCGUUAUGAUGCUACAAUGUACGAGAGCACAGAGAGGGACAUCAUGCGAACUGCCUCCUUCAAGAUCAAGGAGCCAAGAGAAAAAUGGCUAAGGCGACGGACUACCAUCAAAGUCAGAAAUCUCCAGCAGAACCACAGAGCCAAUGACGUGAUAGUGUUGGAGGACAUGACGCAAACGCUGACGGCACGGUUUAUGUACGGUUCUCUGGAUAUUGCAUCCUUGUCUGGGGAAAAGGUGGACAUCAACGUCAUGCUGCAGCCACCAUCAGGAGACUGGGUAUAUCUAGGCACAGAAGUGACUGAUAGCCAUGGCAAACUGACGUUCACCAUCCCUGCAGACAAGCGGUUAAGUCAGGGCAUGUACCCUGUCAAGUGUGUUGUCAAAGGAGAUCACACAUCAGUGGACUUCUUCCUGGCAGUGCUCCCACCAAAGACGGAGACAGUUGUGUUCAGCAUUGAUGGGUCGUUUACGGCUAGUGUCAGCAUCAUGGGGAAAGACCCCAAGGUGCGCCCUGGGGCCGUUGAUGUAGUCAGACACUGGCAGGAUCUGGGCUAUCUCAUACUGUAUGUCUCUGCGCGCCCAGAUAUGCAGCAUAAGAAGGUUGUAACAUGGUUAGCUCAGCAUAACUUCCCACAUGGCAUGGUCGCUUUUAUGGAUGGGCUGUCAAAGGAUCCGCUUAGACAAAAGUUCCUCUACCUUAAGAACCUACAGACAGAGGCCAGAGUUGACUAUGUGGCUGCCUAUGGUUCUAGCAAAGAUGUCAAUAUCUAUCGGGAACUAGGGCUUCAAGCUCAGCAGAUCUUUAUUGUAGGCAAGGCAUCCAAGAAACAGUACUCUCAAGCACAGAUUAUAUCUGAUGGUUAUGCAGCACAUCUGAAUGGUUUGAUGGACCCAGGUGCUUCACGGCCUGCCACGGGCAACGCACGCAUGUUUCUUCGUAAAUCAUGUUUUCGCUUACCUACUCAAGGUGAAAGCAAGAAGGUGGCAAAACGUACAAUAUCCUAUCCAGGCCCAGCAACAAAAGUCAAUGAAUUCUUGCGACUCCCAGACACAGGACCAGGACCAACAAAAAUUAUUGUCCCUGAUAUACCUGUUGGAGAUGAUGAGUGUUACGGCAGUGCAUCUCGUGCAAGGGGAAAAUCUCCCAUUGUGCAGAAAAACAUAAUAUCAAAAAAUACAGUGGUUUGAGGAUAAUGUUUUGUGAGCACAGUGAAGUCAACUAAAUACAGUGGUUAAAGGCAUAGCUAUUCUGACAAGAAUUUUUGAGGAAAAUGAUUGAAGUCCUGCUCAAAUUACUCAGGAUGCAGAACUCAUUUUAGCCAGAUCGAAAGACUUGUUUUGGAUCUGAAAAAGAAUCUGUAGUUCAAUAUUCAUUGUGAGGUUAGAAAUGUCCCAAAAUUGAUAGCCUGUGUUUUGGUUGUCUUUCCAUGGUUCCCACAUACAACAGCAUUAGGAAUUUUGAAAGAAAACAGCGGUAACCUUAACGAAGAUAUAAAAGGUGCGAGCACAGUUUUCCCCUCUUGAAAGUAUGGAGCUUUCUUUUCAGGAUAGACAAGCUGUACAUCUGAUCCUAAAAUUCAGCUUGAAUCAGGAAGAAUGAUGAAUGGGAAAGGUAAAUUGUUGAUCAUGGCUACAUCCAUGCUUUGAAAGAGAGAAUUUGUUUACAAGUGUGCAUGCGUAAGUGACCAUGAGAAAAAAGAUGUGCCAACUUUCACUGCAGUUGGGAAUGCAUGUUUUUUUUUAAUUCUUGGCAGUUUUUUGGGAAGUCUUUUUGCUGACAUGCUAGUUUAUUGUCAAAUAUUUCUAGAAAAAUAUUUAAGAUAUGAAGAGACUUUAAGAGUUCAGUGUUUUUUUCGUUUGGACACUGUUUAUGGUGACAUGUUUUGCUCAAGACUUGGGACAUCUGCCCAAUUUGCCCUAUUUUCGACAGCGAUAUCCCCAGUUAUAUGUUUAUGUCAUAUGUCACGGUGAUGUGUCUUUAUACAAGCGAAAGUAUGCCGCAUGAAAAAUUAUGGAUUUACUUUUGACUGAUAAGCUUUUAUCUGUCACAAUAUUAUUUAUUUUAUAGUUCCUAGUGGUGGGCUUGAUGUGUCUUUGGAAGUUUUGGAGAAAAUAAUUACAUCAGAACAGCAUUUGCCAACAUCUCAUAUUUGUUCAGGUGUAGGUGCAUCCACUCAAAAUGAUGUAAUGAUGGCACAUUAGAAAAGCCACAACUGAUUUUUUUUUUUUCAUUACCACAGAUCUCAAUAAAUAAUUGGUUUUAUAUGGUGACCAGAAAUGUACAAACUGGCACAAGUUGAUAAGUUGACAUUAGCUGGCAUGUGUAGUUAUUGUAUAUUAUUGAAUAGAGCUGUUACAAACCAGUCUGAUGUUACAAUUCUUUUAUGAGAGCUGUGUUUGUGAACUUGCACUUGGCACAAGGCACUUUACUUAAUAGCAAGGAUAUAGAUUUUGUGAUGGUUCACGGCAUGAAAACUGCAGUUCCUUUUUCCUUCUUUUUGGUCCACCUCCCUGGCACUGGCUGACUCUGCAUGCAUACCCACACAUGAAUGUGCACAUCAUGCUGUCUUCUUCAAACGUGUACAUGGAUAUUGACUUACAUGGCUGACAUGACUAUUGACUAACCCUGAAUAAAUCUGUUCAAAAAGCACUACCUUACAAGGGAGCUAACUGCCUAAACCUCUCGGUUCUUCCACUUAUUGGUCUUUUCCUCCACUUUAUUUAUGGAAUAUCAACUGCACCCAUACAGGUGAGAGCAUUUCAAAAUAGAUUUUUAGAAAAAGUUUUCUGUAAUAUUGGAUCCCUUUUUGUUUCACAAAGUUUCCUUUGGCCCAAACUAGCUAGCAUUUUUCUGAUUAACUUUAGAUGCAUGAGCCAUUUUCAUCAGUCUCGCCUUUUUUCGAUAAUGUAGAAACUCAGGAUUUGAUCAUUUAUGUUUAGGAUGCAUUUUUUGAAGAUACACUGAACUUUGAAAAGAAAAUGAUCAAAGACGUUAUUUGAACAAAGAUCUAUGUGACAACAGUAUACAUGCAAUUUUUGUAGGAAUUUAUUUUGAGAAUUUGUGGGUUCAUUUUGUUUUGUAUAUUUUUAAACUUUCUUUAAAAGAAAUUUGUUUCAACAUCAAAAAUGCUAGUAGGAGAAGAGAUUUCAAAUAUCUUAAGCAACUCAAUAAUGAAGACUAGUCUCACUAAUUUACAUUGAUUAGAUAUGCCUGCACCAUUAGUCUGUGAACAGUUUUCUUUCGCUGUUAGAAGUAUACUAAAAGAAUUAGAAAGGAUACUGGUUGUUUUACUGACAUGCUGCAGUAUUUACUGUAGUUUUAGGUAAAAGCACAAAUUGGUAGCUGCUAAAAGGCAGGUCUAAGAAAUGUUAGAUGGCAUGUCAAACAGAAAAUGUGACAAAGGUUUACGAAGAUACAUGUAUCUGCAAAACUGACCAUUGAAUGUUUAUAGACAUAUAAAGAAAAUAAUGGUACCAUUCCAGAUUCCAGAUUCUGGCAUGGUAGAACUCCUGCAUAUCUUACCUGAAUACAGCCUUGGAUCUGCCUAAGGGCAGGGAAAGUUGAGACAUCAAUACAUUUAAUUAUGCAUUUGAUGGCCCUGCUGGAAUGAAUUAAUUGCUGAUGAAAGGAAACAUGAAAUCGGUGAACACCUAUCAUUAUCCAUCUGUGUAAACCCUUGAAUUAAAGCAGGUUUGUGAUUAAUAUAACAAGGCACAAAUGAAACUGACCUUGUGGAAAUAUGCAGCUGUCUGUUAGGAGGAGGUGCUUUUCAAGUUGCCAACUUUGUCAAUCAUCAGUCACCACUUCUUAAGUGCUGUAAGGGUUACCUGGAGAAUAACAAAUGGAAAAGAAUGCAACAUGUUCACCCUAAAUAUCUACUUUAUGCCAGUUCUUAAAGAAUGGAAUUUUUUUCAUUUGAAAUAAUACGUUUAUAAGAAUUGUCGUUAAAAAAUAGAACCCCAGGAUUUUUUUUAACGCAAUGUAUUGGGCGUUUCCACUUUCAGAAAGAGAUAAUGUGAGGUCAGUUUUCCUCAAUAUGAAGCACAUAUUGAGUUUAUACUGCUAUAAAUUGGUGGGAGAAGUGGAAGUGAUGGUGUUUUCUCAUGCAGCUACAGUUCAGAUGUAUAUUUUUCAUUAUGCUGCAGUCUUUAGACAAUACUCAUUCCAGCAAGAAUGUUUUGAAAAGUUGCACAUUUAAAAACAUAAUGGAAAACUAAUGGUGCUUAUGUCAAGCUUAGUGGUGCAUGGCAGUGUCUAUUAUCAUUCGAACACCAGUUAAGAAUGUCCUCUUUGAGACAUGCCGUUGUAUUGAAAUACUGACGACCAAUUUAUUUUAUUCGUCUGUGAAGUGUUACAACAUGUCAUAUGUUACUGUAAUCCACCCCUUCCUUAUUAGUAAUUAUAUGGUCUUGUCCUGUUAACAUCUUAAAUGAUGAUAAUGUUAAUAGGCAAGCAUUCUUGAAGUGACAGGACUCUACUUAUAUGUUGUUAAUAAACUUGUUUCAAUAAAACAUAUCAGCUUAGAUUGAUGGUGUGUGUGUAUAUUCCUGCUCUUUCUUGGUGUCCUGACAUUGUAAUUUAUUGCAGUUUCUGCUACCCUGUAUUUAAUACCUGAUAGCAACAAAAACUAAUUGUUAAUAUAUUUUUCUGUUGUAAUUGGGCUGUCACCAUUGAAUGUUUUGCACAUUAGAGGUCUAUAAUUUUUCGUACAUAUCUUCCUAAGUUUCUGCAUAGGCAUAGAAUAUAAGCUUAAGAAGCUGAACACUUUUGUCUUAAAUAAGAAAGCUUUGCAUGAUGCUGGUACCAUAGCUGAUGAGGCUCAUCCAAGCCGUGGUUAUUGCUCUUUGAAAACUAAAUGGUCAGGCGAUAGAAGUGCACCAAAUUUAUUUAGGCAUCAUGAAUGUAAAUGCUCAUGAAUCCAGCUAUUCUUAAUCUUAAGUGUACACUGAUUUCACUUGCACUCUGAAAGAGAGAAUAACAAUGCCAUCAGAUGAAUGGAUAUGUUCUGUGUGUAGGUGUGUGUGGAUGUGCGCAUACGUAUAUAUAUGUUUUUUGUUCAGAUGUAUGUGCAUGCACAUAUUAUCCAUUGAAGUACGUGUGUGUGUGUGUGCAUGUUCUUGAACUGGAACAGAUCAGUCUGCCUUUCUUUAACUUUAUCUUAUUUUCAAUGCUUAAUGUAAAACAGGAGGUAAAACUAAAUGAGGCAUUAAGUAAAAUGUUACAAUGCUUUUCAUAUUAAAAUAUCUCCCUGAUUUCUUUUUUAAGUUUAUACACGAUCUGUAAAUCAUCUAAUUCAUUAUCAUUUACAGGUAGGUACCCUGUAGCUUCUUCACAGGUUGUCACUUGAAUUCUCUGUGAUAUCUCUUUUAGUUUGCACUUAAUGCAUUUCACCAUCAUUGUAUGCUCAGUCCUAAUAUCAAAUGACUUUAUUAAAGAUAUUUAAUUAUUGGUGCUGUUGUUUAGCUCCUGUUGCUCGAUUUUAUUUAUUUUUGGGGAAAGUGAGCUGCAAAUGGUGCAGGUUCUAGGGCAUAUCAUAUGGAAGUCCAGUUCUCUCUUGCUUUUCUUUAACUCCCCUGAUAAAUCAGGUAACUCAACAGGUGUGUUGUCAGUGGGAGUUUUUUCAGUCACAGGCAUGCCUUGAACUAAUGAUUUAUUCUAAAGUAGAGUGUCCAGGCCUUAUACUCUUCUGAUCCAAGUAUUUCAUUUCUUAUUUCCACAGGCCUUUUUUUUUUUUUACACUUUCUGAUUUUAUUUUGAACUUUUUUUCUGAUCUUAUCAAUUAGCUCAAGUUACAAAUUCUGUCAGAAUGGUAAGCAAUCACACAAAACAUGCUUGUGCUGUUUUUUUUUCUUUUGAAUUGUAUUAUGUAUGCUGGUUGUCAUAGAGAUGUGGUAAAUGGGUAAUAAUGGUGUUUGUCAGCGAAGGUAUGGCAAGUCACACUGAGUCUUAAAGAAAACAAAUGCCAGCUUCCUUGAAUCUGUGAUCUUGAUAUUAAAUAUAUAGCGAGUUAAUAGCUUGUUUAUAUGAAGUAAUAGGUAUGGUGGUCUGUCUUCAGAAAUAGAUACAUCCUAAUACGGUAUUAGACCUCUUUCAUAAUGAGAUACGUUUUAAAUGUAUACAUGUUUUCGUGUUCAUGGAAAUGCGAAAAAAAAGUAAUUAAAGAAAAAAUUGUAUUCUGCUUUAUCCACAUAUUUCCUGCACGAAAUUCCUAUUUAAAAAAAAAAUGAAGCUAAGAAUAUACAGAAAAACUUUUUACUAGACACAUUAGAAACAUUUAAACUAUUGUAAAUAAUAUUUUAGUAUUAAACACAACAGGGAAAAAUAUUAGCUUUAAAAGUUGUAUCCUUUACAUAUUUUGCGUUCACAUCUAGUGUUGCCAGCAUUGCCCCAUGGGGAUAUAUGAGUACAAGCUAUUGUGUUGAGUUACAGACAAUGAUUUUCAGAUUUUGGUUUAGAGAAGACCUGCACAUGACAGGCAUAUAAUUUUCUCUGUGUUUAGCACAUGAAUAUUUACUGAAAGAAAUCAACAAAGCAGUUGUUAUAUUCAUUGAAUAAUGGGAGAUACUUUCGAACUUGAUUAUGUAUAUAUUCCGCUCACUCCUCCAUUUCUUCAUCAUCGUGCAGCUUAAAUGUUUGUUAAUGUUUAAUACAAUGUCAUUAGUUUGCUGACACUUCUGUGUAUGUAGCACAUUGAGCUCACCUCCACUGAGGAAAAUGCAUUCAACAAAUUUUGUUAUUAUCUUUUAGAAUUUUCUGAUCCACUGUUUAUUAGGAAAGAAACAUUCAGACCGGGGUUUGCUCAGGUAAACUUUAGUUUAUAUAAAAAUCAAAGAAAAAUUUCUUUCAAUUAUUUUUUUAAUCUAUAGAUUCAGGACUGCUUCUAGAGUCUUAAAAAAAAAAAUCAGUUUACAAAGAUGUAUAUUUUAUGUAGAAAGUAAUAACAUAGUUUAAUUGUCAGUGUGAAGUGCACUGAUUUUCAUCCUCUACUUGCAACAUUUCAGCCAAUCAUAAAACUUAAGUGUCCAUUGCCUAAGCUUGCUGCCCUAGCUUUGUUUCUUUAGACUUAAUGAUCAGGUGGUAUGAAUUAAGUAGAUCUUUUUGUAUCUAGUGCAGCAAUAACAGUAAUAUAUGUUUCCAUGUACACCACAGCUGUGAAGGGAUGCUACACUGGUGAUAGAAGGCAUUCACAACUCAGUUGAGUGAAUGCUGUCAACAGAACUAGCAGAUUAAUAGAUCUUGUUUAAUUUCCUUUUUGUUAGUUAGCAUGAAAUGUCUCAUCUACACUUUGUCUUUGUUCCAAAAAGUAAAAUUAGGAGUGGCUGUAUAAUGCAUCAUUCAGGCAUGUUAAGGUUGCUCUGUUCUAUACAAUGUACCAGUUAGUUGGUUAUCACCAUUACUACUUGGUAGCAUUUGAGAUAAAGAUAUGUAUCAGAACACAUUCAGCAAAAGUAGGCUUCAGUCUUCUUUUUCUUUUUCUUUUCUUUUUUUGUGUUAUUGCAGGGGUGAGGGGUGGAUGCCUUGUUUUUUUUGAAGUAUAGGAGAUAUUGAUGUUAAAAUGUACAUUUUCCUGCCAUCAGUUUGCUGGUAAGAACUGCAAUGUGUGUUGAUCCAAAAUGCUGCUCUGGACCUCCAUACUUGUCUAAUCAGCAUGGGAAGUUGUACAGAAGAAUAAAAUGAACAGAUACAGAUGUUCCGAUUUGAAUAAAUAAAUAAAGCUAUUUGAAACCUUUAUGUUGUGUGUAACAGCAUUUGUUACUAUAAUGGUACCAGUGUGAACAAUGCAUUUAUGGAGCUGGUCUCCAAAAAUUAAUAUGAAGAUGAAUAAUAAUAAUGUUGAGUCACUAAGAUUUAGUAGCUUUUUUUAAUGUGACAAGUUUGAUCUUGAUGGAUUUCAAGAUUUUUUCAAUGAAGUAUAAUCAUAAGCCAAGUUAUGUUUAUGUUAAUGUAUUUAUCAGAUGGACUUUCUGAUGUCCUUACAAAAUAAAGGGAUGAAAGAUUUAAACAAAGACUUUAUAUAUAAUAUAUCAUCUUUGAUUUAAAUAACAGGAGAGAAAGUGUGUGAGAUGAUUGGUAUUUUGCAUGUAUCAGAAAAUCCUAUUCAUUGAUGCUAGAAAAUAAGAUAUUUUGCAAAAUGACACCUACAGUUUGCAAGCACAAACUUUCAAUUCUUAGCCUUUUUUGUAACAAUAACAUGAUUAUAUUGUUCAUAUUGUUUACAUUGUAUAAGCUCCAUUGGAGAGAAAGAAAUUACUUUUUUUUUCCCAAGUGACAAAACAAAGAUAGUGAUUAAUAUUUCUUGAUAUCCAGUUUAAAAUAAAACUUUAGUGAAAUAUACUUCCAUGUGAAGAAAUAUUGUUAACCCACAACAAAAACUUAUUAUUUCCUUGAAUAAAUGUGGAAAAAUAACACACCAUUUCACAUAGGUAAGUACUUGAUCAACAAAUGUUAAAUUGUAAAUUGCUUAAAAAAUACAUGUACUAUAGAUUUUUUUGAAGGGAGAAAAACUGUACUGCAUGUUGUAGAAGCUGCUUGGUAAACAAGUAGACAUAAUACUGUCAACUGCCUUAAAUCAAGAUUUAAAUGCAAUCUGUAAACUGCUUGAUGAAAAUUUCACCCUACAUGGAGUAUUGCAACUGAAGAGAUAAACGCUUUAGUCUGAUAUGGAAAUGGUAACAGCAAAGGUAUCAUUUUUUUUUAUAUGCAUGUUCUGCCACCUUCUAUGCUCAUUGAUUGUUGCUGGUUCAGUUUAUAAAUUUAUAUAACAAUGGCAUAUUAGCACUGAGAAAGCGAUCCUGAUAUUCUAUGUUAAAUGUUAUAUGGUCCAUAUCUUGUUCUAGAGCAUUUUUGAUUGUUUACUUGCGUUCCCCUUUAUUGAUAUUGUUACUGAAAUAAAGUACUGUAAAAUA